AUGUGGGCCCCCGCCCGCGGCCCCGAGCAGCGCCGCGGCUUCUUCGCCCGCGAGCAGUACCGGGCCCUGCGGCCGGACCUGGCGGAUAAGGUGGCCAGCGUGUAUGAAGCCCCAGGCUUCUUCCUAGACUUGGAGCCCAUCCCGGGCGCCCUGGAAGCCCUGCGGGAGAUGAACGACAUGCCGGACACCGAGGUGUUCAUCUGCACCAGCCCUCUGCUCAAGUAUGACCACUGUGUGGGCGAGAAGUACCGCUGGGUGGAGCGGCACCUGGGGCCCCAGUUUGUGGAGCGCAUUAUCCUGACAAGGGACAAGACGGUGGUCACGGGGGACCUGCUCAUUGAUGACAAGGACACCAUUAAAGGGCAAGAGGAGACCCCAAGCUGGGAGCACAUCUUAUUCACCUGCUGCCACAAUCAGCACCUGGACCUGCCCCCCACAAGAAGACGGCUGCUCUCGUGGAGUGACAACUGGAGGGAGAUCAUAGACAGCAAGCGGGCAGCUGCACGGCAGGAAUAAACGGGACCUGCAGUGGGCAGUAGCUGAAGCUGAAGGAAGGGAUCGUAGGCCAGGAGGGAAUCCCUGCAGAGCCGAGAGACCCGUAGCCCCCUGGAGCAGGACGACACCAUGACCUCUGUGCUGGCACAGGCCCAGCCGUCUGGCACCUCCUGAGAUGGCUGUACCUGGGGCAUGGCUGGCAUGGAAGUAUGGUGGGACAAUCAGUCAGGACCCUUUUAAUAAAAACCUUUGGCUCUCUGG